AUGAUGCCCUUAGUGUUGUUUGUUUUGGGAGGUCUCCUCGCUACAACAGAAGGCUGUGGUGCUGGAAAACAAUUGCUAAGAUCUGGAGGAUUGACGGCGUUCGAAAAACAGGCGAUUGUGGACGCGCACAAUCGCUUCAGGCAAUCUGUUGCACUUGGGCAGAUCUCCAGUCAACCACCAGCAGCUAACAUGAUGGAAAUGGUAUGGGAUGACGAACUAGCCGCUGGAGCUCAGCAUUGGUCUGAUCAAUGUAUCACUGCUCAUGACCGCGCUGCACAGCGCUACGACGGUCGUUUCCCCGUGGGUCAGAAUCUCGCGGCCACCUGGACAACUCGCCCGCCAAGCGACCGAUCUGACUCUGAACCGGAUUUCAAUAAACAGAUCAACGCAUGGUUCAAUGAAGUCCACAUUUAUGGCUUCAAACCUAUCACUGGAGGACAUGGAACAGGACAUUACUCACAGUUGGUUUGGGGCGAGACAUCUCAUGUAGGCUGCGGUUUCACGUUCUACUAUGACCCCACACGAGGCUACACUAAACUGUACGUCUGCAACUAUGGUCCCGGGGGCAAUGUCAUUGGAUCCAAACCCUAUGAAAAGGGGUCCCCAUCCUGCACCAACUACGGCCUCACUGAUUCAAGAAAAUAUUCCGGCCUCUGCGCUGCUAGUUACACCUCUUCAUCAUCAUACCAGACAUCGGUUGAUAACAGCAACAGCUACAUCUCUAAUGCUAUCCCCGACAGCACCGGCGAAACCCACGGCUUUAACUAUCAAUACAGCAACCAGUUUUACAACCAGUUUAACAACCAAUACCAAUAUCAGUAUCAACAGCCUAAAACAUUCUACCAGACAGAGAAGUCCACCUUUAGGCCCAUCAUCAGUAUUUUCAAGACUGCCUCUAACCUUUUCAAGAAACCACAAGUUAGAUUCGGCACAGUAUAUGUAUAA